AUGGUCAAGAUCGUGCCUGGGAGCGACGCCACGCCGCUGAACGUGCUGGAGUUCGAGGAGUAUGCGAGGGAGUACCUGCCCAAGGCCUCGAUGGACUACUUCGCGUCGGGCUCGGACUCGAUGGAGACGCUCCAGGAGAACCGCGAGGCCUUCAAGCGGCUGGUGCUGCACCCGCGCGUGCUGCGCGACGUGUCCAACAUGAACACGAGCACGACGCUGCUGGGGCAUAAUGUGAGUUCCCCCGUGUGCGUGGCGCCCUCGUCCACCCACAGGUUGGCGCACCCGGACGGGGAGAUCGCCAGCAGUUCGGCCACCGCCAAGGCGGACACGUGCUUCGUGCUGAGCACCAUGUCCACGACGACGCUGGAGGACGUGGCGGCGGCCAGCAGCAAGGCCAACCCCAACGCGCUCAGGUGGUUCCAGCUCUACGUCUUCAAGGACCGCGCGAUCACGCUCGGACUCGUGCGUCGGGCCGAGGAGGCCGGCUACAAGGCCAUCGUGCUGACGGUGGACGCGCCCGUGCUGGGGAACCGGGAAGCGGACGUGCGCAACCACUUCAGCAUCCCCGGCCACCUCACGAUGGCCAACUUCGGGCCGCAGAACGCCACGACGGACUACGCGGACUACGUGAGCGACCUGUACGACCAGACGCUGAGCUGGCAGGACGUCAAGUGGCUCAAGAGUAUCACGAAGCUCCCCAUCGUGGCCAAGGGCAUUCUCACGCCAGAGGACGCAGUGAUGGCGGUGGAGAGCGGCUGUGAAGGAAUCUUGGUGUCCAACCAUGGCGCUCGGCAGCUGGACGGAGUGGCGGCGACGAUCGACGCACUGCCUGCAAUCGUCCGAGCUGUGGACGACCGAGCUGAAGUGUACAUGGAUGGCGGCGUUCGUCGAGGCACUGAUGUGUUUAAGGCUCUGGCGCUCGGAGCUCGUGCUGUGUUUGUAGGCCGACCCGUUCUGUUCGGCCUAGCCCACAGCGUACGUGGACAAGUUGACGAGUUUCUCUGUAUUGGUGUCCAACUCAUGUGUUUGGCUCGUGACAACAGGGUGAAGCAGGAGUGUCGAGCGUCCUUCGCAUUCUGA